ACCGGAAGUGCCGCCCGAAGAGGUGGAGCCCGGGCGGGUGGCGGCGGCGGUGGCGGUUGCCAGGAUCCCGCGUUGCCGCCGGAGACCCGUAAUAUGGCGGGGAGGAGGAGGAGAAGGAGGCGGCGGACGGAGCUGUGUUCUGUCAGUACCAACUGAGCUGUUUGCUUCCUGACAAGGCCCGUGGCGAGGGGAAAAGAAAACCUGACCGGGCCGUGGGAGAUCAGUUGCUGGCGAGGGAGACGUCGUCAGGGUGUGCACUGGCCGUUCAGAGAGCCGGUUACCAGAGCCAGAGGCCUUAGGAUAAGGUGGUGUUUAUUCUGCCCUCGCGACUCUGGGGGAGUAAGUUUGAGGCCUAAUAAGUGCGUACUGUGUGCUGAUCCUGUUCUGUGUAAUGGGGAUUCAGUGGUGAGCAAGACUGGAAAGGUACCUGUGCUUAUGGAGCUUACAUUUUGGUGGAGGAAGACAGACAGAACCCACAGAAAUAAACAAGAUAAUUUCAGAUAGUGUGUAAUUGUGGGAAGAUGGAGGAGUAUGAGAAGUUCUGUGAGAACAGUCUUGCCAGAAUCCAAGAUGCAUCACUAUCCACAGAGAGCUUUCUACCUGUCCAGUCUGAAAGCAUCUCACUUAUUCGCUUCCAUGGAGUGGCUGUGCUUUCUCCCCUGCUUAACAUUGAGAAAAGAAAGGAAAUGCAACAAGAGAAGCAGAAAGCACUUGAUGUAGAAACAAGAAAGCAUGUUAAUAGGAAGAAAGCUUUAUUGACUCGGGUCCAGGAGAUUCUUGAAAAUGUUCAGGUUAGAAAAGCACCUAAAGCCAGUGAUUUUGAUCCGUGGGAGACUGAAACAGUUUACUCUGAUUCAGAAGUCAGAAACUUGAAUGUCCCUGCUACAUUUCCAAAUAUCUUGCCAAGCCCUACUGAGCACUCUACUUUAGGAAAGUUUGAAAAGAUAACUGGAAUUUUGCCAUUGAAUAAUGAGGACCAAUUUAAAUCUAAUGGGGUAGACUUAACUAGGGACUCAGAAUUUAAUUCUUUGAAGCACUGUGAUAGUUCAGAUAUUAUUAGCUCUGUGGAAAAUGAAACUUCUGUAAAGACCCCCUCCACAACCCCUCAGGAGACUCUCACACCCAAUGGUCUCUUCCCAACCAAUGAAGAACAGGACCCAUCACUUUCGGAAGAAGUUACUCCGGAUCCCUACAUAAUGAGUCUUCAGAACUUGAUGAAAAAGUCAAAGGAAUAUAUAGAAAGAGAACAAUCGAGACGUAGUCUGAGAAGUAGUGUGAAAAGAAGUGUUUAUGAGAGUCAUUCAGAUAAAGAAAACGAGGCUGUUAAAGGGACUGACUCUGGGAGGGAGAAGGUGCAGCUGGCUGGCAGACACUGUGCUUCUCUGGUUCCUGACAAACCAAGCCUUAAUAAAUCAAAUGUUCUCCUCCAAGGUGCUUCUACUCAAGCAAGCGGUGUGAAUAUGUCCGUUUUAGGUAGCUUUUCUAAAGUGGACAUACCUGUACGAACUGGCCAUUGCACUGUUUUAGACCUCGAUUCUGAUUUUAAAGUCAUUCCCACUUUUGUUCCCGAAAAUCAUGUUAUCAAAAGUCUUACUGGUUCGUAUGCCAAAUUACCUAGUCCAGAGCCAAGCCUGAGUCCUAAAAUGCAUCGAAGGCAUUCUAGGCCAUCAUCAGCAUGUCAUAUACUUAUAAAUAACCCAGUAAAUGCCUGUGAAUUAAGUCCUAAAGGAAAAGAACAGACGGUAGACUUAGUUGUUCAAGCUACUGAUGAAGAAACAAAUAUACCUGAAAGUGUGCCAAAGUUACCAGCUGAUUUAGCUGGAGUUUGUUCAAGCAAGGUCUGUGUCACCAAAAAUACAUCUGAAGCCAUACAGGAAGUGGUUUUAGGUAAAUCAAAUCAGGUAUGCCAGUCUUCAGGAAGUCAGUUAGAAAAGAAGGUUAUCCAUGGACUUGCUAUCGUGGAAGGUCAGUUAACAUCUGAUGGGAGAGGACCACUCAAAAUGGACAGUACAUGUACUGCAAUGCCAAGGUUGCCUGAGCCAUAUGCCACCAGUCAGUGUAUAGUGACUCAAAACUUUGGAACUAUGAGUGGACUCAAGUCAGCCAAUGUGUUAGAGAAAAACACCUGUAAUUUACAAAUGGAACUGAAUAAGUCUUAUGAUGUAAAAAACCCAUCUCCUUUACUCAUGCAAAACCAGAAUACCAGACAGCAGAUGGACACCCCUACAGUGUCCUGUGGAAAUGAACCAUUUUUGGAUAACAGUUUUGAGAAAGUUAAACGGAGACUUGAUUUAGAUAUUGAUAGUUUGCAAAAAGAAAACUGCCCUUAUGUCUUAACAACUGGAGUAGCUGAACAGGAAAGGCAAUAUUUGCCAGAAAAAAGAUACCCUAAGGGAUCUGUCUACAUCAACAAGAAUAAAAUGUUAGAAAGUAGUUCCAAAGAAGGCGAGGAGAUAUUAAAAAGCAAGAUGUUAGCUUUUGAAGAAAUGCGGAAGAGGCUAGAAGAACAGCACGCCCAGCAGUUAUCACUACUCAUAGCUGAGCAGGAAAGGGAACAGGAAAGAUUGCAGAAGGAAAUAGAAGAACAGGAGAAAAUGUUAAAGGAGAAGAAGGUGAUUGCUGCUGAAGCCUCUGAAUCAGGCAUUAACAAUGCAGUGGACUUAGAAUGGAGAAAAAUAAGCGACUCUGGUUUGCUGGAAACAAUGUUGUCUCAAGUGGACUCACUCCAUACUUCAAAUUCAAAUAGUUCUGGUUUCACAAAUUCUGCCCUGCAGCAUAGCUUUGCUUCUGCAAAUGAAGCACCCUUCUACCUCUGGGGAUCAUCAACUAGUGGCUUGAACAAACUCUCAGUAACAAGGCCUUUUGGACGGGCCAAACCUAAAUGGUCUCAGGUUUUCAGUCCAGAAGUACAAACAAAAUUUAACAAGAUAACCGCAGUGGCAAAAGGAUUUCUUACUCGUAGACUUAUGCAGACAGAUAAGCUGAAACAACUUCGCCAAACUGUAAAAGACACUAUGGAAUUCAUAAGGAGUUUUCAGUCAGAAGCGCCAUUAAAGAGAGGAGUUGUUUCAGCACAAGAUGCUUCUCUUCAGGAAAGAGUGUUAGCUCAGUUGCGAGCUGCCCUGUAUGGUAUUCAUGACAUAUUCUUUGUAAUGGAUGCAGCUGAAAGAAUGUCUAUUCUCCAUCAUGACCGAGAAGUUCGCAAAGAAAAAAUGCUCAGGCAAAUGGACAAAAUGAAAAGUCCACGAGUGGCCCUGUCAGCUGCAACACAGAAGUCUCUUGAUAGGAAGAAGUACAUGAAAGCUGCUGAAAUGGGAAUGCCAAAUAAGAAAUUUCUGGUUAAACAAAAUCCUUCUGAAACAAGAGUCCUUCAGCCAAACCAAGGACAGAAUGCACCAGUUCAUAGGCUACUUAGUAGACAAGGCUUUGGGGAAGUGUAUCACCCAGGAAUAUUUGUAUCUGCACAUAAAGUGAUGAAAAAUUUCUCCCUCUGGCCACAAGAUCACAUGUGAAUAUGCCAGGUGGGAGGGGGAGUAUAUGCAGGAAAAAUCCAAAGAAAGCGGCCAAAUGUUGCGACAAUUUAAGAAGACAACAUUCGUUAGGAUAAACAAGGGCCAGGGUGGGAGGCUUUGUGUACUAUUUCCCUUGCCCAGGACUCUUUAGUUAAUCCUGGACCGUUUACACAGGCAAUGUGAUAUCAAAGGGCUGAGCAAUUAUCUGCAAACUUGAUCACUCUGGCUAAUUCCUUCCCUACCCCUCAUUAUCCUCGUAACAUUAGGUUUGGGUGAAGACACUUUAGUAAUCUUAGACCAUCUCUUUGCUUAACCUGUACAAAUGUAAGUUUGUUUUCUGUACCCAGAUGUCUGCUGAGAAUGUUUUUGGACAUUUGGGUUUAUUUCUAUAAAAUAUCGAAAAGGUGUGAUAAAUUACAAAUAAGUUUGGAAAUAUAAAUUUCAUUCACCUCUGCACACUGACCACUAAAUUGAAUCAACAAAUUAAAGACUGUUCUAUUUGGGGGAAAAUUACUGCCAAAGGAUGUUUUCCCCUGGUUUUGUAAAAUUUAAACACUGAUUAAUCUCUCCAUCUUCAUAUUCUUGGACUCACUUGCCUGCUGGCUGUGGUCUACUCAGAAUUUACCACAGAAGUAGCUGGGGGCCACUCUUUUGGUUAACGGUAUACAUUCCUCUUAACCGCUAGUUGUCUUGUGCAGAAAUAUUAUGUUUAAUGUAGGUUACCCCAGUGCUCUUGGAAACACUUCUAAAUCAUAAAAUCUUUCUUUGGAGGUUAAAUUAGGGAGAGAGCACAAUCUUCUUGAAUGUCGUAGCACCUAAGAGUGAAUCAUUGCAUCCAAUUUCUGUAAAAUAGAGUCACACUGCAUGCACUUCUAUUUUCUUGGUCUGCGUAUUUUGUUCCUUCAUAGUCUGUUUUUUCUAGUUUACUUGAUUUAGGAGAGACUAAAGGGCUAUAUGACAAUAAGUCUAGAUUUUCCAGUGGGAUAGUAAUAUUGUUGAGUUGAAAUUCUGCAUUAAGAGGCACUGAUAUUUAAGGUUUUCAUUACUAACAUAUUCAUUUAAAAUAUAAAUCAAAAAAGGUUACCAAUGGAACAUGAUUUUAUGAAAGAGAAUGUCACUGUUAAUUUAUCAUGCCAUUUCCAAAAAGGGCUUUGUGCUUUUCACAUAAAAUUGGGACUAUGUACAUUUACUCUUUCUAACUUGAAUUUUAAAAUGAUACUGGUAUUUUGAAAAUGAAGACUAUAUAUUCUUAAUAUCCUAGUAAGAAGGUGGAGAUAAAGAUGGUUUUCUCCAAUUUUGUCCUAUUUAAAAUUUAGCUUUUACAUCCAGCCGUAGACAAGACAAUAAUAAUCUACUCCGGGUGUAAACUGGAUUUUCUUUAUUGAGAUGUAUCAUUUAUUGAAUGAGUGAGCCAGGAAAUCAGAAGAUGGUAUAAAAGGUCUGAGUUACCGAUUUUUCAUUUGUAGGCAAAGUAUAUCAAAAUAUCUUAAUAGGAUAAAUUGUGCUUUAUCAUUCUGAAAACUCAGGUUACAGCUUACUCAUAUCAUUGUGGGUCUUUCCAGUGAGAAAGAUAGAUGCUACAAAUUUUGUGUGUACCAAUGCAAAUUAGCUGAAACAAAUAGUACGUUUUGGAGAAAGCUUAAAACUAGCUUUAGAUUAAGGUUGAGAAACAGGAGUGUUUUUUUUUUUUUCUUUUUAAGAUAAAAGCGUGUGUGUUUUACACAUAUUUUAAUGUUCACAGCUUUUUCUUAUGAAAGUGCCAUUGUUUUAUGCUUUUAAUGGAUUUUUUAUUUAUAUACAUUAUUUUUGUUAUUUUUGAGUGGAAUGUCCAUUAACGUAAAUUGUAUUUAUUUUUAUACUUUAAUUUUCAUUAGUUUUGCUUCUAGGCAAAAGGCAAAAUAAACUUUUCAUCUUAAAAGAAA